UUUACUAGUUUAGAUUGUGAGUGAAGUCACAGAGCAGCUAGCUAGCCUCCACAAACAACAAUUGCAGGCUGCAGAAUAAUACAGAAGAUCAGGUGCUGCAUACAUCAUCACUGUGUAAUCCUACCUUCUUGGCUUCUACAAGGGUGACCAUGAGUGUCAGCACUGGUGCACUGAUCCGCCCUGUGGUGCCUAGCCCGACGGAGCUGGUCAGGAUGAAGAGUCUGGAGUGCACACCGACACGGAGACUCAGUGGACAGUCUGGUAAAGUUGAGAAAUGCAGUCGCUGCGGGGCUUUGUUUCCGUCCAAUGGAGUGACAGUGCUCGAGGCUAUGGGCUGCCUCUGGCACCUGCAGUGCUUCAGAUGUUGCGUGUGUUUGGACCCCCUGCCAGAGAGCUACUAUGAGAUAGGAGGGCAGGCAUACUGUAUGGACCACUAUUACGAGAAGUCAGCUCACAAGUGUCAGAUCUGCUCAGACUACGUCACUGGACCAACAAUGACUGUGGGCAUGUCUCGGAUGUUCCACCCAGAGUGCUUCACAUGCUCUCGUUGUGGGAUCCCUCUCGGUGAGAAGGAUCCCUACACUCUGUGGUCCACAGGUCAACUCUACUGCUGUGAGUGCUGCCAGUGUGAGGAGUGUGAGGGUGUGGAGAGUGUGGAUGGUGUGGAGGGGGCGGACAGGGGGAGGGGCUCCUCUAUACAGCAUAUCAAAAUACCACUCGUGUACAAGAAACCCGUCAAAUUUAGAUUGGAGGGUGAGGUUCCGAGUCAUGUCAUGCGUGAGGAGAGGUACCAGAUGUUGGGGGGUGCUCCAGGGUUCACGACCCCUCAACUCCCUCGGCCAGGACAGCCACUCUCACACAAAAACUCACUCAAAAUUGAAAAACUCCCCAGAAUUUUGGCUGGCACUCCGCUAAAGAUUGGUGAUGACAUUCUGGAGAUUAACAAAGUGCCCAUAGUGGACCAGGACCAACAAGAGAUCAACGCACUGAUGCACGCCUACUCAGACUGUAUCUACGUCACUAUUGAGCGACAGAAACACUCUCCUCUAGCACAUACUAAUAAAGUUGCUGAUAUCAUCGAAACAACAGAUAGCAUACGACCUGACCCAUUGCCACGACGACCACAGCCGGUCCCUCGUAGAAGGCUGUUGUCCAAGAAACCUGUGCCCACCCCCCGGAGCCCUAGACCCCCUGUGGUGCUCAGGAAGAAGUCAGUAGAUUACAGACCAGCUUCAGAGUUAAACUCACCCACUGGGCCCAGUCGCAUGUGGCGCACUCAGUCCAUCCCUGCUCUGGAUGGCAAGGCUGACUACACUCACUGCUUCAGGUUGAACGACCUCGAGCAAGGAGAGCUACUAGGGGAAGGCUUCUAUGGAUCAGUCUACAAGGUCAAGCAUCGCUACACUCAGCAGGUGAUGGUGAUGAAAGAAAUGCGCCACGCCUCCAAGGAAGCCAAGCUCUCAUUCUUGAAAGAAGUUCAGAUGCUCAAGACUCUUAAUCAUCCAAAUAUUUUACAGUUUAUUGGUAUUCUGUACAGAGAGGGCAAAGUCCUAGUGCUCAUCACAGAGUUUGCUGAUGGUGGAACGCUAAGAAAGACCAUCAGUGAUACUGAGCAGCCGUUUCCAUGGGAUACGAGAGUCUUCAUUGCUAGAGACAUAGCCAAUGGAAUGAGCUACUUGCAUAACGAGGGCAUCUUACAUCGCGACCUCACGUCUGAAAACUGUCUCCUAAGAAAAGACAUGUCGGCUGUGGUAGCUGAUUUUGGUCUGGCACGCGUGUUUAGAGAUAAUGAUGACAUUGAUAGCAGUCGGUCUCCAGAGCACACCAAGAAGAGGAGGAUGACGGUGGUGGGUACACCGUACUGGAUGGCACCUGAGAUGCUGAGGGGGGAACUCUACAAUGAGAAAGUUGAUAUCUUCUCCUUUGGGAUUGUCCUCUGUGAAAUCAUCACACGACUACAGGCAGAUCCAGAGGAGCUACCUAGACUAGGGAACUUUGGACUGGACACGAAGCAACUGGCUACACUCAUUGGGGACUGUCCCUUACCACUCUAUGACCUCGCCACCAAGGCUUGCAACAUGGACCCUGACAGAAGGCCUGACUUCUACCUGAUUGAGCAUGGUCUCAACUCUUUACUGACAGAGAUACGAUCAGGAAGAAAACAUUACCAAACAAAUGACUUUCGUUCUCUACUGACCUCCCCAAAUCAUCUACUAUUAUAGCACUAGCUCACAUGCAUUCUUGUUACAUUCUUGUUACACUGUCUCAUAUUCCUUAUAUGCCCUUUUAUUAUAAUUAUGCUUUGUUGCAUGUUUGAGCAAAAGAUCAAACAAAC